GUGUGUGUAUUAGACCAUCAGACACCAAAUACACAUCCCUCCCCGACUCGACCUCCACCUCCACCUCCCCCCUGCUCACAUUUGGCUCACAGGCUCUUUGCUCGAGCUGAAGCUGGACUUCAGCUGCCUUCAUGUUUAUUGCUCGUGCUUUGGUUUCUUGGUUUCUCCAAGUGAAAACUUUGAUUGCUUGUCUGACUUUUGCAUGAUUUUUCUCCCCCACAUCAGAUUGUCAUCAUGUCGGUGAGAGGUGGAAGGUCACUUUCGACAUGUCUUCACUUUCGGGCAGCCCAGAAAUCCGUCUUUCUGAACUCCGCUUGCGCGUGCGCUCCUUCUCAGCCUCCGUGGUGGAGCUCUAUCACGCGCGGAGCAGCGCACCUGAGCAACGCGUUUACGUCGGAACCAUCAGGGUCACUCCGGGACUUUCCUCCUCCUCAUCCUCCUCCUCCUCCUGGAAGGUCUUGAACAUAACUGAUCUCCUCACACACUGGCUGCGACAUGGAGACAAAGAGCAGCGGCUGAUCAACAAAUCAGAUGAUGCAUUGAGCGUUGAGGAAGAGGGCAGCAGUGAUGCUGGUCCUGAAUCUUCUCCAAACCGCAAAAUUCAACACCUCACCACGGACCGAGUGCUGAUUGUGGUGUUCCUGAAGAGCGCUUCGUCUCCGGAUCACCAGAUCAACCCCAGUUUACUACAAACAGUACAGCACUCCAAACACGUCCUUCUCAACAGACCUGUUCACACGAGGAGACAGAAACGGAACCGGGUCGAACCGGGACAUGUCCGAGAGGUGGCGAGUGAAAACGGAACCAUGACCGGGGCAGAGUCCGGACACAAACCGCUGUGCAGGCGCGUGGACAUGUGGGUGGAUUUUGAUCAGAUCGGAUGGAAUGAGUGGAUUGUGCAUCCAAAACGCUACAAUGCGUACAGAUGUGAAGGAGACUGUCCAGUUCCCCUGGAUGAAACCUUCAAACCCACGAAUCACGCCUACAUGCAGAGCCUGCUGAAACUUUACCAUCCCGAGCGCGUGACCUGCGCGUCGUGCGCGCCCACGCGCCUCAGCUCGCUCUCCAUGCUGUAUUACGAGGGUGAUGACGUAGUGUUGCGUCAUCACGAGGACAUGAUUGUGGAUGAAUGUGGCUGCCAGUGAAAUUGCACUGACAAAGACAAUUUUUCAGCUCUUGCGCUCUUGGAUGCUGAUUUUUCUGUGCAAUUGUGAUUAAAUGGAGUCAAGACAAAAGCCACUGGUCUACUGAGAGAAUUUGAAUAUUUAAUAUUUAAAUAAAAUGUUUAAUAUUUUAUUUUGGACGUGGAACCAUUUCUAUAAUCUUUUAUAUGUGUACAAAAUGUAUAUACGACUAGUUCAUACUAACAAAAUAUAUAU